GCCGACCAUUGAGGGACACACGUUAUCCAACGCUGCCACAAAUACGACAAAAUAGUUCAGCUAGGGCUGUGGCUAAUAAAUAGUAUACAACAAAAGCCGCAACUACAACUGCAGACGUGACGGCACUGCGAAGCUGGAGAUCAACAAAUUGGCCCAGCAAAUGCCACAGCAACAGCGCAGCACUCAAUCUUCAUGUCUUCGGGCGUUGCUCGCAGGGGUCAGCGAGCAAAAUGGGUAGUCCACAACUGCCCUUGUCGGCCAGCAGACAGCCCUGGUGACCUCGGCACACUACUAGGAAAGGAAAGAGUCCGCCCUGCGGAUCAAGACAGCGGCGGUCAAGUUGGUCAAAAUACACUACAUACUCCGUACUCCGUACACGACAACCCUUGGGCACACCCAUUCUACACUAGGAUGCCGUCAUUGCCGAUCGACUUCCAGCCUAUGUCGCCAUGCAAGUCCCGCACACAGCUAGUGAUCUCUACCUGGUCUUGCCUCCUCCAGCGGCGUCCUAGUAGUUUCACUCAAGUCAUAUCUGGCAUUUAUUGGAGGUCGGCCUGGGCUACCCAGCACCCAACCGUCUCGAGUUGAUGAUGAAGGCCUGGACCGCCCAGCCGGAGUGGCACAAACCCCCCUUGGCCAGUCAGGCGCGAUUCCGUCACCUCGAGGCGGGCCUGCUUACCCAAAUAUGCAGCAUCCGACUCGGUCACCCCCGGCAGACAAUACAUCUUCACUGGACAGUCUUGCGUGGACGACAUCGACGGGGGAAAAAAGUGGAUAGGUAUAAAACAGAGCCGGAUCGCCCCUUUUUCUCUAGUAGCCUACCUACUUGGGAAACGCCCGAGUUUCUGGCCCUAGAGGGUGCCUCGCCUCUUAUUUCCGGCUAUCUACCGAAUCCACAUAUCAUCGAUGCUAGGGCCUUUCAGAUCCUGCAGCUACUACCUACUGCUGCUAUUGUCCCGUCGUGGACUCCUCAUCGCCACUUGUGACCACAAAUCUUGCUGCUUGCACUCUCUUGUCCAGGCUAGACUACUCAACAUACAACAUCAGGACCCGAUUUUGAGUGCUAUUUUACCAAUAGUAUAUAUUACAUUAUCCCAAUAACUUAGUUUUAGUGUGCACUUAUUGAAAUAUUGUAUCCCGCGCUCAGUUUCGAGGAUUCAUCCUGGGCUAUUCGGAUUCAGGUCCACCCCCCGGCGCCGGUCGCGGCCUCCAACUCAUUACUAGUUAUUAGCUUGAGCUUCCGGGCUUGGCCAUGGCUACAGGCCCAGAAAAGAAUGAGGGCGGUGCCGUAAUUGCCAGCACUACUGACACGGAGAAGAAAACAAAUACAACCGACAAUGCACCAUCACUAGGACAUGACGACGACAGCGACACAGACUCGCAACACGACGCAGACAGCCACGUCGAGGUGGAGACCAAAUCCCGCGAGGUAUCCAUCUACGAGGAGCGUGAUAAUGACGACGACGAGGAAGACGACCAGCACCGGGACCCAGCGCCCGAGGGGCCCGAGGGCCUCAACACGGGCAUCCCGCCCGAGGACGGCCUGGGCGGGCUGAGCCGGCCCCACUCCUGGGCGUCGUCGGCGAGGUCGCGGCCCCUCGUGGUCGUCCCCCGGAAGGAGAGGAGGGGCCUCUUUGCCCAGCUCGCCCUGAUCCCCGAGGUGGAGCGCCCGUAUGACUACACGCGCAAGACCAAGUGGAUGGUCACCUUUAUCGUGGCCGCGGCCGCCUGCACGGCCCCGCUCGGGUCCAGCAUCCUCUACCCCGCCCUGGCGGAGAUGGCCGAGUACUUCCACACGACGGAAACCAUCAUCAACCUGAGCGUGGCGUUUUACAUGCUCGCCAUGUCAAUCUUCCCACUGUGGUGGUCAUCGUUCUCCGAGACACUGGGCCGGAGGACAAUCUACGUCGUCUCCUUCAGCCUGACGGUCGUCUUCAGCGUCCUCACCGCCAUCAGCAGCACAACCGCCAUGCUGAUCGUCUCCCGGGUCCUCGCCGGCGGCGCCGCGGCCUCGGUCCAGGCCGUCGGCGCGGGCACCAUCGCCGACCUGUGGGAGCCCUUUGAGCGGGGCCGGGCCAUGGGCAUAUUCUACCUCGGCCCCCUCGCCGGCCCCCUCCUCGCGCCCAUCAUCGGGGGCGCCCUCGCCCAGGCCUUCGGCUGGCAGAGCACAAUGUGGUUCCUGACCUGCUUCGGCGGCCUGAACCUCCUCAGCAUCGUCUUCCUCCUGCCCGAGACGCUGGCGCGCAGGAGGCCAGCAGCAGCAGCAGCAGCAACCAACCCGGACAGCAGCAGCAACCUCGACCGCACGCCGACCCGCCGUUCCGCCGCCCAAAAGACGCGGCGCGCCGCCGCCCUCCUCCGCAGGGCCCUCGUCGACCCGCUCACGUGCAUCGUCUACCUGCGCUUCCCGCCCGUGGCGCUGACGGUGGGCCUGGCGGCGAUAACCUUCGGCGCGCUCUUCGUGCUCAACAUCACGAUCCAGGGGACCUUCUCGCGCGCGCCCUACGGCUUCUCCACCAUCGUCGUGGGGCUCAUGUACACCCCUUCCUCGCUGGGCUACUUCAUCUCGUCGCUCUUCGGCGGGCGCUGGGUCGACAGCAUCAUGGUGCGCGAGGCGAAGAAGGCGGGGCGGUACGACGCCCGCGGGAGGCUGGUCUUCCUGCCCGAGGACCGCCUGCGCGAGAACGCGUGGCUCGCCGCCAGCAUGUACCCGGCCGCGAUGCUGUGGUUCGGGUGGUGUGCGGAUAAGGGAGUGUUCUGGGUCGCGCCCAUGGCCGCCAACUUCUUCUUCGGGUUCGCGACCAUGCUUGUCUUUGGGGCGUCGGCCACCAUGCUCACCGAGUUCAUGCCUGGGCGGAGCUCGAGCGGCAUCGCGCUCAACAACUUUAUCCGGAAUAUCUUUAGCUGUGUGGGUGUGAUUGUCACGGAGCCGCUCAUCGGCGCUAUCGGUGUGGGUUGGUUAUGUACCAUGGUGGCAUUGCUGUCGUGGGUUACGUGUAAUCUGUUUAUAUGGCUUUUGUUGAGAAAUGGCCCCAAGUGGAGGAAGUAUAUGGAUGAGAAGAUUGGCGAUUUGAGAUGAGGG